GUCAGGAAACAGGAUAGCAGAGCUUUCGUAUGCUAUCACUUUGGAAGACUAUGGGCUUGUGAAAAUGCAAGAAGUUCUGGUGUCAGAGUCUUCUCAAUGUGUAGGUGCUGAUCAACAGCGGCACGUGCCUCACACUCACCCUCAAUGUACCACAGAAAGCCAUCCAGAACCUCGAGAAACUCUUGAAUACAAAGCAGCACUGGAGUUAGAAAUGUGGAAGGAAAUGCAAGAGGACAUUUUUGAAAAUCAGCUUAAAAAGAAGGAAAUAGCUCAUAUGCAAGCACUUGCAGAAGAAUGGAAGAAAAGAGAUAGAGAGCGAGAAGCAUUAGUGAAGAAGAAGGUAGCAGAAUAUACUGUUUUGGAAGAACAACUUCAGAAAACCUUGAGAGAUCUAGACAAGCGAGAACGACAACUUUUUAGUGCUGAAUCAGAGCUUCAAAGAGUAAAGAAGGAGUUGCAAGCAGAGCAUGAACGAAAUAUGCAGGAGCUACAGGAUUCUGUGCGGCGAGCUAGAGCAGAGUGUGCACACCAGGUUGAGCUAGAAAGGUCAAAAAUCAAACAGGUGGAAGAAGACAAGCUUCGCUUACAGCAGCAGCUUUAUGAAGCAGAAAAUAAGCAUAAAAUUUUGGAGAAGGAGUACCAGCAAUACAAAGAACAGCAAAGUAGCAAACCAGAAAUCCAGCUACAAUCGGAAAUAAAUCUUCUCACUUUAGAAAAGGUUGAACUUGAAAGAAAGUUAGAGUCAGCUACCAAGUCAAAGCUCCACUACAAACAACAAUGGACUAGGGCUUUGAAAGAACUUGCAAGGUUAAAACAG